AUGGACAACCUCGAGGAGGAGAUCGAGUCUAUCCUGUACAUCGGCAGGGAGGUGUCUGUGUACAAGAUCCCCCCUCUCAGGAAGAACGAAGGCCAUCGCGCGAAUGACUGGGGCGACCUCGCGAAUCCGCUGUGGAAGGGGCGUCUGCGGAUAGUCGAGAAGGGGGACGGGGUCAUGAUGUACUUCGAAGAUCCACAAACUGUGUUUGCCAAGACAAAGUACGACCCGCUGAAGCCGCCCGUGGACGCCGUGCUCGACUCGUCGCGCUACUUUGUCAUCCGCGUGGAGGAUGAGGGCAAGAAGGCGUACAUCGGCAUGGGUUUCGCGGAGCGGACGGAUAGCUUUGAUUUCAGUCAGCGAUACAAAGCCAAGCUUAACCCCCCCUCACCAACGACCGAAGACCCUUUCUCGUCGCCGGCCGCACCUACCGGGCCCAAGAAAGACUAUUCCCUGAAGGAAGGGCAGACGUUCUCGAUAAACAUUCCCGGGCGGAACAGGGCGAAUAACGCCAGUUCAGGGGAGAGCCUGCUAGGGUCGAGCUCGGCAAGCAGCUCCACGUCGUCGUUGGGCGGUGGGAUACCGCUUUUGCCGCCACCGCCGAGUGCGCCGAAGAGACGCUGA